GAACGCUUUCUAUAACCGGCGAUCAUAUUUAGUUCCUCUUGCGCUGCUAUCCCGCGCGAACGUUUGUGCAAAUAUCGAAACAAACCUACCUAAACAACUUGUGGUAAACAGACGAGUUUGCUUUACGCGAUAUAACGAUAUAAAACCGCGCCGCAUCCGUCGGCUGGCGUUGUUAACAUUUGCCAACAGUGAAAGGCUGUUAUUAACUCUAAAAAGUAUAUAAUAAAAAACGUUGCGUUACAGAUUUCCAAUCAUUUUAAGAUGCGAACAGCGAUCUGGGUUCUAAUCCUCGUAGCUAUCGUCGCUGCAGAACUAGGUGACCCAUGGGUAGAAGAAGAAGAUUUAGAUGAACAAUACAAUGAUUAUAAAGAAGAAAGUCACGAUAGAAAGAAACGGGACGCAUACGUCGAAGGGCCUUUCGAGGAACAUGUAAGAAUCAAACGUGGUUGGAAAGAUGAGCCAAGUGAAAUAAAGGAUCGAGAGCGACGCGCGACAGAUCCUAAGUUACAUCAAUAUGAAGUCCAUGAACACAAUGACGAAGGAUCCUUACCAUCACCUCCGUAUGAGGAGAUGUUAGUGGCGAGUGCUGAGCAUUAUCACAAAGUAUACGUUGCUCCACCAAAAGGACGUAACUUAAGCCCUGAAGUGCAGCCUGGUCCGCUUACUUUCGGAGUUAAUCCUGUACCUGAAGCUUUCAAAGUUGCUGCACCAGUGUCUUUCUCAGUAUCUCAUGCUCACCAGCCAGCUCAAUUAGCUCCACAAACUGCAGCUCUUCUGAACGAUGAUUUGGCAGCCGCUGCUGGGCAUCAUCACGAGAAGGGGCAUGCCCCGUAUUCCCACAAGUGGACUCAAGGUGGCGGUGACGAACAUCACGGCGAUCAUCACGCUGAGCAUGGUGGAAAGACAACAAAAGGGGGUAACUCCAAGCACUAUGUAGACAAAGGUCAGAAGGGCUUCCGAACCAACCACCUCCAUCGCAAGGAGUACGAAGACGAGGAAGGGCUGAGGAAGAAGCACCACGAUGAAGCCAGCAACAAGGGCCAUCAUGAAGAGGAGGCAUUUGGAUCCAGGGGAGCGCACUUCGGAGAGAAGAAGGGACAUAAGAAAGGACAUAAGACCAAAGGCUUCCACAACAAAUACCACAAGGACGAGUUCCAGAAGGAGCACAAGUUCUACGACGACCUGUGGAAGGACGGCGAGCACCACCGCUACGGCAAGUUCAACGCCAAGCACGCCAGCGACGAGAGCGGCAAGAAGAAGCUGCACCAUGUCAACGGCGGACACGACUAUACGGAGCACGGGAAGAAAGGAUACAGCAACAAGGGCCACAUAGACGCAGACCACAAGGGCUACCACGGCAACCACGGCCACGAAGAGCACCAUCAGCACCAUGCGGAGCACGGGAAGAAGGGCAAGAAGAACGAUGGCUCCCAGUGGGGGUACGCCAAGAAACACUAGCCCGUAAGCUGAUAGAAAUAGGGUCUGUAAACAUAAAGCAUAUAGCAUGUAGGCUGUUCAGAAAAAUGAGUUCCGAAUUCGGUUGCACGCGUGAAAUUAGUGUGUUUUAUUUCAUUUUUCUCUUGUAUCUUUAUAUAAUUACUGUGGAAAGAAUAUUAAGUGCCGUGCCUGAAAAACACGCGUCAGUAUCAAGUUUUUUAUCAAAAUGUAAUACGUAAAGCUUUUAAUGCAAAUGGACACUAGCCACUAACUACUCGGUAUAUUUUAAAAUACCUAGACAAAAGAUGGUGGUCCCAAAAUAGCUGUUUUAUUUCGCGAUCACUUUGGAGGAAAUAACAACCUUCCUUACUUGAAUAAAAAAAAAUUAUAAAUAGUAGGUAAGUUAGUAAAAAAAUGGUGUUAAGUAUUAUUUUCCGCACCAAAUAUUAUAGAAGCAUAUAUACAAGCAUUUUCAUACUUUACUAGUUAGGUACCUAAGUAAAAGUAUUAUUUUAAUUUAAACUUUCGUGAUCAACCGAAUUGGCA